GAAGAACGAGCUGGUGUUGGUGAUCCUCCCUUCUGGUCCAUUUCAGGAGGCUCCGGAACAGAGGCACCACAGAACCAGCUGAGCGCACAGCUCAAGCAUCGCCAAGCGCACCCAGACGCCCCAGACGAUCGUUCGAUCUUUAGCCAUGGGGUCCGCAGCGUUGGAAAUUCUGGGUCUGGUGCUGUGCCUGGUAGGUUGGGUGGGCUUGAUCCUGGCGUGUGGGCUGCCCAUGUGGCAGGUGACUGCCUUCCUGGACCACAACAUCGUGACGGCGCAGACGACUUGGAAGGGGCUGUGGAUGUCGUGCGUGGUGCAGAGUACAGGACACAUGCAGUGCAAGGUGUACGAGUCUGUGCUGGCGCUGAGUGCCGAGGUGCAGGCAGCUCGAGCACUCACCGUGGGCGCUGUACUGCUGGCACUGGUGGCCCUCUUUGUUACCUUGACCGGCGCGCAAUGCACCACCUGCGUGGCCCCGGGUCCAGUGAAGGCACGCGUGGCACUCACGGGCGGAGCGCUUUACGCGCUGUGUGGGCUGCUGGCGCUGGUGCCUCUCUGCUGGUUCGCCAACAUCGUGGUCCGCGAGUUCUACGAUCCGGCAGUGCCGGUGUCUCAGAAGUACGAGCUGGGCGCGGCGCUGUACAUCGGAUGGGCGGCCUCCGCUCUGCUCAUGUGCGGCGGCGGCCUCGUGUGCUGCGGGGCUUGGGUCUGCUCCGGCCGCCCGGAGUUCAGCUUCCCGGUCAAGUACUCGGCACCGCGGCGGCCCGCAGCCAAUGGCGAAUACGACAAGAAGAACUACGUCUAAGAGCGGUAGGCACGGCGGGGCACUUCCCGCAGCCAAGCCCGUGAUCGGAGGAACCGACGCGGGAAGCCGCACGUGGAUGGCAACCACCACUGGUUUGCGCAUCGCAGACUCCGAGACAAGUCAGGCUGGACUCCGGCCAGGCUUUUCCGCGCCCAGAGAGUCCUCUGACCGUCACCAUCUAGACUCUGCUCAGAACAGACACUUGUGAGGACUUGACCGACCUCAUUUUCUAUGCGCAGUUGGCCGCGGCAUGGAUGCGGCGCUCGGAUUUCAUCGGUGAAGCAGGCACUAAACUGCAGCUGACAGUUUCUAUUGAGCAGUUCUGGAUGCUGCCUUAAUGUCCAGUAGCUCCUACUGACCUGAAAGGGCAGCUGGAGAACCCCAAGCCCGCAGACUGGGCUGCUAGAGGCAUGUGCUAUAAAGGGCAUUUUCCUUGUUAGUGAAGAGGAGCCCAUUGAACCAAAGGACUUGGUCUGAACCUCGUCUCACUCCAGUACUCCCCCCAACGGGGGCGCCUGUAGGUACCAGAGCCUUAGAGGGGCUGCCAUCCUCGCAGCUUGGGGGUGGGGUGGGGCGGUCAAGAAUUUGCUUAGUAAAUGGUUUGAACACUCUCAA